GGAGUGCACAGAGUGUUUUACACGGUUUAAAAAACAAUACACCGGCAUGGAAAUGUUGGCGAGCGGAUUUACAACUACGGAGCGUGUCCAGUGAGCAGGUCUAACCUUCCCUCGGUACUUUUUUUGUACGCAUAACCCGGGAGACGUACAGUUUUAUUUACGCACCGUUCCACGCAGCAUGUCCCAGUCGGACUAGAAGAGACGACCCUGCUGGAGCGCAACACGGGAACGGCGCUGAGAGCCGGAGGAAUAUUUACAAUAGAAACUAAAUUCCUUUUGGAGAAGAAUAGCAAAGGGCAGCAGGAGGCGGAGGAGUGAAAGACAACACUGGAAUGAAGUGGACCUCGGGAUUCCCAGCGUGCUGCAGAGUUGUGACUGAUGGAUGAAUGUGGCCAUCUGUAGGCUAUAUCCAGCGACAGGUACAGGCACCAACAGGGGAGCUUUGACAAAGACGCUUCCUCAGCAGCCGCAUCGCCCCAAUUGUGUCCCUCUAAAAAAAACUGCACUGCCAGUCAGAUCUAUCCAAGAAGGUCGACUCUUUUUGUCUCAGCCACAGGUCAACCAGGACACUGCUUCUUUCCUCCCAGAUCCGAUCAAGAACCAGCGGAUAGUUCCGUCAAGGACAUCAAUUCUGGUGCAGGUUUAACAAAAAAAAAGGUCUGACAGAAGGACAUGUAUCUGACAUCGACCUCACAUGCUCCCGACUGAUCGUAGCUCACCUUCCCGCAGAUAACGCGCACCGUCCGACGCUCCGGGUUAUCGGCUCUCUGUCUUGUCGCUGUACGCUGAUCAGAAUGGCGGGACUCGGGUGUUGGAAGUAUUACCUCUGGAUCUUUAUUUUAAUGUGCAGGUCGGCGCUACCUUCAGCCAAAUCAAUGGAGACUAUCAUUUGGAACUCGCAGAAUUCCAAGUUUCUGAUGGGUAAGGGUCUCGUGAUAUACCCAGACAUCGGGGACAAGCUGGACAUCAUCUGUCCCAAAGCGGACGAUGGAAGAGAGUACGAGUUCUACAAGCUGUACCUGGUGAAGAGGGAGCAGGCGGACACCUGCAGUACAGUCCUCGAUCCCAAUGUGCUGGUCAACUGCAACAAGCCCGAGAAGGACAUCAAGUUCACCAUUAAGUUCCAGGAGUUCAGCCCCAACUACAUGGGCCUGGAGUUCAAGAGGAACGUCAACUACUACAUCACCUCAACCUCCAACGGUACCGUGGAGGGCCUGGAGAACCGGGAGGGAGGCGUGUGCAAGAGUCGAGCCAUGAAAGUCGUCAUGAAAGUCGGGCAAGUCCCGAACGCAGCGAACCCUGCAGUGCCGGAGGGUCCAGAGGACAACGCCAUACCGGAGUCCAGUCCCAGUCCACCCGACAAGGGACCAAUUGGCCCCGAUAUGCCAGGAAACCCUGACACCAUAAAUCAGGGCCAACCCGAUUCUUCGGGCAACUCGGACAGCUUCCUCAACUCCAAAUUGGCCUUGUUCUCCACCAUCGCGGCCGGCUGCAUCAUCUUCCUCCUGCUCAUCCUCCUCCUCGUCAUCUUGCUAAUCAAGAUGCGCAAGCGCUCCAGGAAACACGCCCACUCGCAGCCCCGCCCCUCGGCGCUGUCACUCAGCACACUGUCCAAUCCCAAGAUGCCCGGCGGCACGGCUGGCACGGAGCCCAGUGACAUCAUCAUUCCGCUGCGGACAGAGAACAACUACUGCCCUCACUACGAGAAGGUGAGCGGUGACUAUGGCCACCCCGUCUACAUUGUCCAGGAGAUGCCGCCGCAGAGCCCUGCCAACAUCUACUACAAAGUCUGACGAGCUCCGCUCAGCCAGCCACAUAGCCGGGAGAGAGAAUGAGAGGAGCGCUUGAUUUAUGUUCUUGGGAAGAACACUUUCCUUUGCAUUUUGGGGACUUGAUGCUUCUUCAAGCCCGUGUUAUUUCUACCACCUGCUGCACAAAUCUGGAGAGACACGCACUGACAUGGGGUCGCGAGCUGACUGCUGAGAAAGGUUUAUUCUGUUUGUUUGGGGUGUCUGACAAUCCCCACCUGCCCCUCAUCCUCCCCCUCACCACCUUACUACCUUCUAUAUCUCCCCACUGUGCUCCAACAAGGGGGGGAGGCGGGGCUGGAGCGAACCAACAGAUGGGACUCCAGCUUCCUGGUCCGCUGUCCCCUUUAACGGGCAGGAUAUAACUUAUCUCAGUUCCCUGAAGUACAGUCUGUGCAACACCCAAUUAAACACACCAUAGCAGCACACUAGCCAGAAACAAGCAGACACAGGUCCCAAACGCCGCUCAGCCUGCAGUUCAGGUGCUAGCGUUAAAAAAACGAGUGUGUGUUUGUGUCUGCGUGCAUGUGUGUUAGUAGUCAGGGCUCCGUGCUGGGCCAGGAAACUCUCCAGAUAGCUCAGGUAUCAGACACAGUGUGUGAAAUAACGUGUUCCCUCUCCCCUUCGCACCUCUGAUGUUUGCCUUACUUACUAUUUUUGAUGGAGGAUUUCCUUGAAAACCCUGAUUCAGUUCACAAAGCAGUUGUAUUUUGUUAGACUUUUCCUACAAGUGCACAAUGUAUAGAGUUGAAUAGAUCAUCAUUACUCUAUCUUAUCACCACCACCACCCACGACAUCCAUUAAGUCAUCUGAUAUUUUUCCCGAGAAUGCACCUUGACCCUGACUGUUAAUGUCGAGGUUUGUUUGUGUGUGUGUGUGUGUAUCCUGGAAAAACUCCCUUCUCCGCUGGUCUGAUUUCAGCUUUAUCAUUACUCUGUUAUUUACGACCUACUUGUGUGUAUUUAAAGGUGUGUCCUCUAUGUGUGUGUGUGGGUUUGGGCAUGUCCAGACCAGUCCUGUAUCUGGGCAGAAUUUCUGGCUAAGAGGAAGAACACUGUUACUGUAUCGUAAAAGUUCAAAAACAAGACAGACAGACAGGCAGACAGACAGACAGACACAGACAGACAGACAGACAGACAGACAGACAGACAGACAGACAGACAGACAGACAGACAGACAGACAGACAGACAGACGUGCUGACAAACAGACAAUCCCGAGGUCUUAUUAAACCCUGCCACCAUGUCAGUGCUCCAGUUGGCUCCCAGCAAAGGUGUUUUUGAGGUUUAGGGUAGAUGUUUAUCCAGACAGCAGGCAGGUUGAUAUUUGUUUGUUCUUUCUUCUGAUGCUCCGAUGUCUCAAACGGUUGGAUCAGUGCCUGCUGCUGCCUGGGCGGGGUGGGCGUAGGUUGUGUGGUCGCCACUGAUUGGCUGGCCUACAUAGGUAAGACGCCCUAUAUAUGAGUUGGGUAGCGAGCUAUGGCUGAACAUUGGGAUAUAGUAUUGCGAGAUGCCAAUUGGCUGCCAUCUGUAGAUGAGUCAGUGGUGUCGCCAGCGUGUGACUAAUCUCUGUGCCAUCUCUGUGCCCACACUCACCAGCCCGGGGAAAAGUGAGAGUGGCGCAUAGAGGAUAAAAUGUUCCUGUGACUUGGCUAUAACCUGAGAGGAAGAUGGCGGUGCAGAUGGGGAUAAGGGGUGGGGGGAGUGAUGGGUGCGGUGGUGGACGGGUGGGUAGAGGUGUUUUAGCAUUAUUUUUUUCCAUCCUCUCCCCAGUUGUGCUGUGAAUAAAAAUGCUGUGCAGAAUAUUCCUCAGUCAAGGUGUAGAGCUGGUGAGGACACUGCAGCUCAGCUAUCUCACAGCCCAGGGCAGCGGCACCGAGACAGGAUUUACUGCGGCUGGAUGUGUGCACACCGAAGCUCGCUUUUAGGGGAUGGAACCUGUCUAUGUGCACAUGUAGGUGCUUUCGACGAGCUCAUUUCUGCUUAUGAUUGCAGUUUUUCUGCAUGUGUGUGUAUAAAUGCUUCUGUGGUCUAGCAGCCCAGCAGAUUUGUUUUUUGGGGACUGGAACUCCAAACUGUGUGGCUGCCAGAGUACGGAGCGCCGCAGUCCUGGUUAAUGAUGUGUGAGAGGAGAGGGGAGCAGAUAAGGACAGCUAUUCCUCAGCACGCACACUCGAGCUGACGUUUGACGCACACGUGCACACAAACACGCACAGACACGCCGAGACUGACGGGUCCAGGUUUUAUCUCCAGUCAAACGGUCAGGCUGCCUGGUGAAUGUUUAUUCCCCGGCAGAGACACCAAUCACCCGCUGCCACAUACUGUUGCCAUCCACGGAUAUACACUGCUGAGUUAAAAGGCAGCCCUGCUUGAACACUCGGGGAAGACUCCAGUGGCUUUUGCGUGUCGUUAACCUCGGAGUUAACAGCCUAAACAGCUGCUCGUGCUUUAGUGGUCCUGUGUUUUAACUCAGCAUGCAGCCCUCAGCGGCCCUCUGUGAAACACAUUUAAAUCAAAUAUUUUUGUUUCGGAUCAGUGCGCAUCCAUUCACCUACAGCGGCCAAGGGAGUCAUUACCAAAUUACCACCAUAUCUUAUUUUUAUCCAUACCAGUGACCACUCAAUGUUAUUCAAUUUUGUUUGGGGAGAAAAAAAAAAGAAAAAUGAAAUAACAGAGAUGUAAAUAUAUGGAUAGAGCCCAAUUUAAGAUGUAAUUUCACCUGAACACUGCUCAUCAGAAGAAUUUAAGAUUAGAUUUUUGUAAUGGAGGAUGUUUGUAAAUAGUUGUCUUUUUAAAGUGUGUUUUGUAUGAAUCCUUGCAUUUUGUCUCUGUUUGCAAUAUGUUUUUAUUUUCUUUUAGAGUUAAACUGAAUAUUGCAACGGACACAAGCUGUUUUUUUGCAGCGUCCAGUAUUGUCAAAAAGUCUUUGUUACCACACGUGUUAAAGAUAAAAAAAUAACUGGGGUUCAGAGUUUUUACAUCGCCAUUCAACAGAAUUGUAGUUGCUGUAGAGAAACUGUUCAGGACUGAAGCUUUGUCACGGAGUAGCUUUGAAAUGGAUAGGUCAUUUAAACUAUGGAUGAUAAGGCUCCUUCCCUGUUGGAGACAGCACUUAACUCUGCGUAUGAAGACUGUGUUAUUCCACUGCCUUUGAGUUCCCUACACCUUCCACUCCAUUAUUAGAUGUAACAAAACAUUUUGGUCCAGAAAGAUUAAUCUUUUCUCAUUUUUAAUAAGUCUAUCGGGCUUGACGGAGAGAGACGUAGAGCGAGGGGGAGAGAGGAAGGAGAAAAGAGGCCACGUAUGAGAGUGUGACCGUUCUGCGCUCACCAUAAAUCAUCCGCUUUACUCCACUCAUUAUCUCCCAGGCGGUCCUUUGUUUUAAAGUUGCUCUCUCCCUCCUAAUUUAGCACAAGGAUGUUGGUCGCUCAUGGUAUGAGCCUCUCACUGUAGGUUGAUUUCUGCUAUUGUUCAAAGCCACAGUAUUAUUUUUCAAUGUGCAUGUGUAAGCAGAACCUGUUGAAUUUGUUUCCUUUUGUUUGAAUCAUAACUGUCAAGUUUUGUUAUUUUAUUUUUUUGCCAUUCACUUCUUUUGCCGCUUCUCAGCGUAACAUAUUGGCACCAGCUACAAUGGAAAAUAAUGUUCCACCAGUUUGGAAAUUACCGCAUAUUGAUAAAUAAAAUUUUUCCCAUGGAACUUGU